AUGGAACGACUCAGCAGCUCCUACAGACAGGCGCGCCGAAGCCAAGAUCGCCUGAAGCUCCCGCGCUUCGAGGCAAUCGACCUGAGCGACUGGAAACACACGCCCGCCGACGAUUCUCCAGACGGCGACCGCAGCGUCCUCUUUGCUCCACUGACCACCACUCACCCGACUGGUCCACUGGACAACGCCGCCCCCCUGGAAGUCGACGAAGAAAAUCCGUUACGAGCUCGUCGCUACAGCCGCAAAAUUGAAGAAAGCAGCCGAUUCGGACUAUGGACCCUCAUUCUCCUGUUAUUGGCCAUCGCCAUGGUCGUCCUUACCGUCCUCUACUCGACCGGCUCUGCCAAGUCUUUGAUGCGAGGGAAACUCUUCGCCACCUCGUCAAGCAACGCUAUCCUGGUCCUCCGUAUUCUCACCGAACUCUGUGCCGUCAUCCUCAGCGCUCUUGUCAUUGUCGUCGUCGAAGACCUGCAAUGGGCGUUGGCGUCAAGGCCAGAAGGCGUCGGCUUGCUGCAUUUUAUUGGUCUUGACUCGGGAACCGGAGUGUGGGGUUUGUGUCGAUUGCUGGCUACGGCAGAUUGGAAGCAAAAAUACUCGAGCGCUUUCCGCCUUCUGGUCAUUAUCUCGAUCCCCCUUCCUGGUAUCAUUCUGAUGGGUGACAUCAACAUCGAACUGGUCUUCUUCCCAGAAAAAACCUAUCCCGUUGCUGCCGGACUUGGGGAUUUUAACGCCUCGUACAUAUCAGAGCUGACGGCCGUAACAACCACGGCACUCUUGGUCCAAAUGGGCAACCCUCUAUGGUCGGAUCGAGAUGCCGUCUCAGUCGAACCUCUUGGUCCAGGAGAGGGACACUGUACGGUUUCCAACACGUCUUCGGAAUGGGUAGCUUGCGAAGAAUCUUACUUCAUGUCGGGUGGUUUCAAUUCGAUAUCUCCGCAAGCGGACGAUCUCUCAAGCUACCCGGAAGCGAAGGCUUAUGUGGUUCCCAACGUGAAGGGCUAUCAUGUCGAGUAUGGCACAGUGCACGACGUCCAGACUCUCCACGAUGAGGGCAGCUGCCAUCUAAUUGGAAGUGCCGCCGCGGCCGCGUACUGGUGCUCCGCUAUCGGCUCGGAUCAAGAACUCCUUUUCGGGUCGGCUUACUGCCCCAUAGCUCUUCAGAUGAACAGCAGUUGCCUGAACACCACAUCCUGGACCUCUGAGCUGGAUCUCGCAACGUCCAUGUUCGUAUACCGGCGCUUCGCCACGGUGAACUAUUCGCGAACCAACUUCUCCAUCGUGUCCCUCACCGACCUUUCGAAACCCGAGGUCUACCCUGUUUCGCUUCAAGACUACAUGCUCGCCCUCUCGUCGGUGGUCCCGGGCUUCAACAGCAGUGUUGACAUCAAGGGCGACAACUCGCAGCUCGCCAUCUACGCCGUGACCGCCCUGCCCGUCAGCGACAGCCAAGUCGCCAAGAAGAUUUCGCUCAAAGCGAUCCGCAAGGCCAUGUCGGUCCCGCUCGACUACUUCCAGGCCAACUACUUCGCGCCCGGGCCCAACAUCUGGGAGCUCGAGGAGCCGCGCGAGGGGCUGGAUGCGGAUAUGUACACAGAACUCAGCAUCGCCAUCCUCUCGCAUCAGGUCGUCGCGGGGCAUGUGUCGCGGUGGCUGUUCGUGGUCAGCGCUGGCGUGUUGCUGCUCAUCUCGGCGGGCGGCAUCGCCGCGACGGGGCUCGACGUCGGAUGGGGAUGGCAAUGGCUUGCACAGGUCGUUGACAAGGCUUGGGGAGCGGCCGAAUAA